UUUUGCACUCACUCGCUGCUACGACCAAGAAGAAGAGCUGCUGUUUGUUAUUAUGGGAAGUAGCUUGUGGACAGAAAAAGCGUUAAAAACCGUUAAAUGGCCGAACUGAGCCGCUGAAGGAGGAAAGUGGAGUCACGGCAUAAAACCUGAAUGGCGUUGGGAUCGAGUGUGUGAUUUACAGGAGACCGAUUCGGACCUGAAGUCGGAGCUCAGCAGUGGUUGAUGUUUGUUGUGCCUCGUGUGAGCACUGCAGAUAAAAUGACGGUCACCACCAAAACCAAAACCUACAAACUGGUAGUCCAUAAGAAGGGAUUUGGAGGAAGCGAUGAUGAGCUGAUGAUGAACCCGAAGGUGUUUCCUCAGGUCAAGCUGGGAGACAUCGUUGAGAUCGCACACCCCAAUGAUGAGUACAGCCCGCUCCUGCUCCAGGUGAAAAGCCUGAAAGAAGACCUGCAGAAAGAGACGAUCAGUGUGGACCAGACCGUCGCUCAAGCCUUCAAGCUUCGCGCCUAUCAGGAUGUCAUCAUUAACAUUGUGGAUCCCAAGGACGUGACACUGGAUCUAGUUGAGCUCACCUUUAAAGACCAGUACAUUGGCAGAGGAGACAUGUGGAGACUAAAGAAGAGUCUGGUCAGCACGUAUGCGUAUGUAACCCAAAAGGUGGAGUUCGCAGGGAUCAGGGCUCAGGCGAGUGAGCUGUGGGUAAAAGGCGAGAAGGUCACUUGUGGUUACAUCAGUGAGGACACGCGGGUGGUGUUUCGCUCCAGCUCAGCCAUGGUGUACAUCUUUAUCCAGAUGAGCUGCGAGAUGUGGGACUUUGAUAUCUACGGCGAUCUCUAUUUUGAGAAGGCGGUCAAUGGCUUCCUCUCGGACCUGUUCACCAAGUGGAAAGAAAAGAACUGCAGCCAUGAGGUCACGGUGGUGUUGUUCUCCCGAACCUUCUACGCCGCCAAGACGCAAGAUGAGUUUCCCGAGAGCCAGAGAGGAGCCAUCAGGCAGGAUCAUGAGGGCCGGUUCUACGAGGAUUUCUACAGAGUGGUGGCUCAGAACGAGAGGAGGGACGAGUGGACGUCUCUGCUGGUCACCAUUAAGAAGCUGUUUAUUCAAUAUCCAGUGCUUGUGCGCCUUAAAGGAGCAGACAGGUUUCCGUGUGGACAGAACUCCACUGCCGCUCAGGGAAAUUACCUCGAAGCCAUCAACCUGUCGUUUAACGUGUUCGAUAAACACUACAUCAACCGGAACUUUGACCGCACGGGGCAGAUGUCGGUGGUGAUCACGCCGGGAGUGGGCGUGUUCGAGGUGGACCGGCUCCUCAUGAUCCUCACCAAACAGCGCAUGAUCGACAACGGCAUUGGAGUGGACCUGGUGUGUAUGGGAGAGCAGCCGCUACAUGCCGUCCCGCUCUUCAAGCUACACAACCGAACAGUACCGGGGGACUCCAGACUGGAUGACUACAAUCUGCCUCACUGGAUCAAUCACAGCUUCUACACAUCAAAGAGUCAAGGCUCAUGCAGCUCGUUCACUCCCAGGAUUAAACUCGCUGGUCAGAAGCUCCAUGUCGAGAAAUUAAAGAGCAGCAAAGAACACUCUAUUGGUGCUCCUAAAGACUCGGAGAACAGUCUUCCCAUCCAAGUGGACUACGAUGCUCACGAUGCUCAGGUCUUCAGACUUCCUGGACCUGCGAGAGCACAGAGGGGCAGCACCUUCCGGUCAAACAGAGAGAGGGAGGCAAGCUUUAGGAAGAGCUGGUGUUCGGAAGUGGGUGGAGGACACUACAGUGGCUGCUCUCCUCCUUCCCGUCCUAUAGGGGGCACAGACGAGCAGCGCAGCCUUGCGUCCGACGACAGUCUGGGCCGCGUCUCGAACAUCCUGCUGAUCCCUCGCCAUCCGCCGCAGUAUGAAGUCAGCAGUUCGCUUGGGUACACCAGCUGUGCCAGAGGGCUGCUGGAGAAGCUUGUGGAGUCUCAGCGGGACUCGAGCGCUCCGGGACGCUUCACUGUGGGCAGUGCCGAGUCGACCCUACACAUCCGCCCGGGCGGUUACACGCCCCAGAGAGCUCUCAUCAAUCCAUUCGCCCCUUCACGCAUGCCCAUGAAGCUCACCUCCAACCGCCGCAGAUGGAUGCACACCUUCCCUGUGGGUCCUUCUGGAGAAGCCAUCCAGAUCCACCAUCAGACAAGGCAGAACAUGGCCGAACUGCAGGGUAGCGAGCAGCGUGACCCCGUCCACACCUCAGCAGAGCUGCUGGAACUGGCCUAUCAUGAAGCAAUGGGCAGGCGAACAGGACUUCCUCAGACUGCAGACAGUGGGCUCUACAUCAGUGGGGGAACUGAUGAUUAUUCAGGAAGCCCAGCCAGCAGUAAUAGUACAGGUACUCCUGUCAAUCGCGGCUCUUUCGAUGAGUGCUCCAGCACUUCGGAUCCAACCCUACAGCUCUCUGCCCCUCCUACAGUGCCUGCGUUCUGCUGUACAGUUGGAGUGGACUGGAAGUCUCUGACCACGCCGGCGUGUCUCCCCCUCACCACCGACUAUUUUCCAGAGCGCCAGUCGCUCCAGAACGACUACACAGAGGGCUACUAUGACCUGCUGCCACACACUGACCUGGAGCGGCGUGAUGACGAGGUGCCGGUGAUGAGCGCCCCACGUGUGUUUGAAGAGUUUAUCUGCCAGAGGCUGAUGCAAGGCUACCAGAUCAUCGUCCAGCCCAACAGCAGAAAAGCUCCGCCCACAAUCGCUCCACCCCUCAGCAGCAGCCCGCUCUAUUCCAGGGGACUGGUGUCUCGGAGGAAGGCUGAGGAAGAGGAGAGCGUGUACUGGCUCAGCAUGGGACGAACUUUCCACAAAGUCUGUCUGAAGGACAAAAUCAUUACUGUUACACGAUACCUGCCCAAAUACCCGUAUGAGUCCACCCAGAUCCAGUACAGCUACAGUCUGUGCCCCCCUCAUGCCGACGGUCAUUUUGUGCCCUGCUGGGUGGAGUUCAGCCACGAGAGACUGGAGGAGUACAAAUGGAACUACCUGGACCAGUACAUCUGCUCAGCUGGCUCCGAGGACUUCAGCCUUAUCGACUCGCUGAAGUUCUGGCGCACCCGCUUUCUGUUGCUCCCAGCGGGCGGGGCCAGGCGAGUGGCAGACGGCGAGGGCCACUGGGACGUGUACGGGGAAGGGCCAGGGGCAGCGGCUGGGUGCGGAGACUGGGCACUGCUGGAUGGAUUUAUACGCUUUUUAGAGGGGCUGAACAGAAUCCGGAGACGGCAUCGAUCUGAUCGUAUCAUCCGGAAAGGAGCAGCCAUGAAGGGUCUACAGGUGACAUCACCGCUCUCUCCUUACACCCCGGAGCCUCUGGCACCUCCUCUGGGUAAAAAAGGUGCUUCAGCUCUCACCACGUUGCUUGAGCUGGAUCAGACGCACAAGACUCUGGAGGAGCAGCAGGCUGUUGCUCAGUAUGCGGUGGUUAAAACAAACCCGUCAUUCACUGAUGCUGCUCCUGUCAUUUCUGUGGCAAAUACUUACAUCGACAGCCCUAGAAAGCAGGACGCUGCGUUCAUGUUGGAUUUUAUUCGUAGCCCUCGCUCCUCCUACCUGUCUCACCCACAGAUGCCUCCUGAGCCUCCUGCAGUCAAUCCUGCUGAUUCCGGUUCAAUAGAGAAAGGAGGAAACCUAUCAAAUGACAGGCUGGCAGUGGGCGGAGCUUCAGACACUGCGUCAGGACCCGAUCCAGGGGCUCAGAUGGGCAAUCUGUCCUCCUCCUCCACCAUGCUGGAAAUUCUGGAGGCCAUCAAACACCCAAAUACUGGCGUCCAGCUGCUGCCUGAGCAGAAGGGUUUGCCCCCGAACUGCUUCAUCAGUGCUGAGGUGGUACACUGGCUAAUGAACACAGUGGAGAAUGUGGCCACACAGGGCAUCGCUGUGGAGAUCAUGCAGAAAAUGUUAGAUGAAGGUCUGAUCGCUCACGCGUCCGGCGAGGCCAUGCGCACUUUCGUCUACGGAUUCUACUUCUACAGGAUUGUGGACAAGGAGGCAGAGAAGCCUCCGUGCAGCGUUGCGAUCUCUGCCGCGGCUCUCGACGAUUUCCAGAGGAAGUGGUUUGAGGUGGCGUUGGUGCUCGAGGAGCGUCGCCCAUGUGACCUUCCCACCUUCCUGUUGCCUUGGCUGCCCAGUCGACCCGCUUCCUACGCCAGCAGACACAGUUCUUUCAGCCGCAGCUUCGGGGGCCGCAGCCAAGCCGCCGCACUUCUAGCUGCUACAGUACCUGAGCAGAAGACAGUCACUCUGGACGUGGACGUGAACAACCGCAGCGAUCGUACUGAAUGGGGUAGCUGUUAUUACCACGGCAACUUCUCUCCCAACAUGGCAUUCGAGAUCAAGCUGCACUGGAUGGCCGUGACUGCGGCGGUGCUUUUCGAGAUGGUCCAAGGCUGGCACAGGAAGGCGGCAUCAUGCGGUUUCCUGUUGGUCCCGGUGCUGGAGGUGCCGUUCGCAUUGCCCUCGUAUCUGUACGGAGAUCCGCUACGUGCUCAGCUCUUCAUCCCUCUCAACAUUCAGUGUCUGCUCAAAGACUCCAACGACAACCUGUUCGAGGGAUUCGAACCGGAGACGUACUGGGACCGGAUGCAGCUCUUCCAAGAGGCUAUUCUUUACAGGUUCGGUUUUGUUCAGGACAAAUUCUCUGCUUCGGCUUUCAGCUUCCCUGCCGAAAACAAGCCGCAGUACAUCCACGUCACAGGCACCGUGUUCAUGCAGUUGCCGUUCUCAAAAAGGAAGUACUGUAGCGGUCAGCAGCGGCGCCGCCGUAACUCCGCCUCCUCGGCCAGUCAGAGCCUCUUCGGGCCUGAAGAGCACGUCGGCUACCACUGGGCCUAUAACACCAUGCUGACCAAAGCGUGGCGCACCGGCGUCCUAGGAGACGAGAAGCUCGCCGAGCGUCUCCUCCGAGACUUCACCGACUUCUGCGCCAACAAGGACAAACGGCUCGUGAGCUUCUGGGAGAAUUGUGUGGAGAAAAUGAACUCGAGUGCCCCUUGAAACACACACACACACACACACACACACACACACACACACACACACACACACACACACUCUCAGUCCAAAGACUGGGAUUAAUUUAUACUGUCAUAUUUAUAUAGAAGUGUUUACAGAUAUCAGGAGUGAAUCCGGUCCAAUCAGAUCGAGGCGCAAUCAGCAGGGAAGUCCUGAUUGGUGCUUUAAUGUAACGCCUGAGUCGAGGAGAGGAAAUAAAGGACUGAGUCAUCA